CCCUUCACUAUUUUGGUCUCCCCUCUCUGGAAUCAGAUGAAUGUCAUGCUUUCUGUAAAAACCUUAGUUAAGAAUGGUUCUAAUUAUAGUCAAGGUCAGUAUUAAAGAGCCAUAUUUGGGAGUGUGUCCAGUGCAAUAGAGUGACUAAAAUCUACAGAGGCAAGGAUCCAAUUGCCCUCCGCUCAUUGGAUGACUUUGGGGGAUCCUGUGUUAUUGGCCCCCUCUAUUUGCCAUUGAAUGACUUUGUGUACAAAACUGCAUGGCCAUUAAAAAGGCAGAGAAGAACAAGCCCGACGAAGCGGUGCAGAGAACGAACAAAGCUAAAACAUUGGUGGACAACCAAGUUAUCAUCAUAGACGAUGACGAAAAUGAUGACGACGACGAUGAUGAUGGUUGCUCUGAUUUGAAAGUAAAAGAGGUGAAGAAAAAGAAGGAUUUGGUCGAAAGAGACGGUUCGUAUCGAAAAGGUGUAAGGAAGAAGGUAAAGAAACGAAAUUACUCUGAUACAAAGAACAAAGCAUGUGCAAAUCUUCCCAUUAUAAUAGAAAGCAGCUCAGAUUCAGAACGUUUAACAAAAAAUGGGGAAAUAGGGAAGAAACUCAAGAAGAAAAGAAAGCAUAGACUUGCUUCUGAAGGAGAUUGUGAGGUUCUUUGCAAAGGGCUGCUGCAGGAAACCAGUUUUCUCAGACUCUCCAGCAAAGGGAAGAGUCCUGGCAGCCAUGGAGAUAGUGGUGACUGUAUUAAGAAGGGGAAAAAGAAGAAGAAGAAGAAGAAGAAACACAAACCCAGUUUCUCCCAGUUGCAUGGUGAAGGUAAUGAGGUGGAGUCUCAAAAACAGAUCAUCCCAAUCCUGGAAACAAUAUCUCAAGAUGCAAUGUUGUCUGGCAGGAAAAAGAGACAGGUUCCUAACAAGAACAACGUUAGCCAUACUGUCAAGAGAAAGAAAGUCCUGCAUUGUUUAACAGCUGUGGACGGUGAAGAGGUCAGCAACAGGAUUCCUCAUAAAGACAUUUCUAACCUAGAAAACCACCGCAAGAGAAGAAAAGCACAAGAUCCUGCAGCCCAAGUAUCAGAAGAAGAAAGUGGAGAGAUCAGAAAGAAGUGGAAGAAAAAGAAGCUCAAGAAAAAGAAAGCGUAUUUACUUGUAACGUCGUUGGAAACCCAAGAAAAUGAUUCUGGGGUUUCUAAUGAGAGUCUUCCAGAACCAAAAUCUAGACAAACCCAGGUUUUUCGGGAAGAGAAAACGGACUUGAUCCCAGACACCGAAGGCGCUGGCAGAGUAACUAAGAAGAAGAGCAUCUGUACAAAAGCUGUAUGCAACCAUCCUGCCCUUCUAGAGGACAAUGAAGACAGAUCAGCAACGGAGGGAAGGAAAAAGAAAGUUAAAAAACACAAAGGGAUUCAAGAGUGUCCAGAGAGUGGUAACAGCGGCAGAUGUGAGAACAGUAGCAAGCAUCACAUAAAGAAGAAGGGGAAAAAGAAGAACAGAAAAAGUGUUGACAUUGGUGAGGAAGAGCCCAGUUUGAAGAAAAGAAGGUUGAAAAAAGAAGCAGAGGUAAGGGAAGAUGAAAUAAAAGUUGUGGCAUUCAAGAAAGGAAACUGUGAUGAAAUCAACAUAGACAAGUUGAGACGGCAGGCUCUCCAAGAAGAGAUUGAUCGGGAGUCUGGCAAAACGAAACUCAUCAAGGAAGAUGGGGAAUCGGGCAAUGAUUUUGGCCAAUGGGGCACAGCAGUGUUUGAAAGUUCAGAGCGGAAAACCAAGUUCCUCAGGCUGCUGGGUGGAUUCAAGAAGGGUUCUUCUCUGCCACUACAAGAUCCUCCUGUCCAUGCUACAAAACUGAAUAUGGCUCUUGACUGGAAUAGGGAGCAAAAUCUCCAGCGAGACCUGCAGGCUGAAUUUGAGAAGGCCAUAGAUCAGAAGCACCACCACCGAGGGUUUGGAUUUCAGCCUGCCACACAGAAGCUCAUGUGGAUAGAUAAAAAUGCUUCAAACUCUAUAAAAUUUGAAGACUGAACUAUUGAGGAUAGAAAAACGCCAUCCCUGAGACAACUAUGAGUUUUCUUAGCAACAUUUUUGCACAUGGCAACAAAAUGGCUCUUACAAAGCAUAUUUUUGGGUAUCCCAACCACCAGAGUCUUGACUUAUCUCAUGUCCAAACCUUUAAUAACGUCAUGGUUUUUGUUUUGGAAAAUACAAAUGUUACUUUAUUUUCCCAGGUGAGUAGCAUUUAAAUCUGAUAUGCUUUGUAGAGAUGUACAAGGAUAGAAGCCUUCUUAUUUGGGUACAGCUGCCUUUCCUCAGGUGAAUGCAUCUCAACAAGCUAAAAAGCUGGAGUGAUUUGUUUCUUAGCUUUUUGUUCACGGUAACAUAGCUGAGCAUUUUUCUUUGUGUACCUGUGUAAUAGUGGCUGCUAUUAUGACUUACCAGCUAUGACUUGAAUCAGUAGCAAAAAACUAUGCACCAUGCAAAAGCAGUACAUACCACAGCAUAAUAAAGUGACAAAAUGUUGAGUUCUAGAAAUACACUAGGGAGAAGACACAGGGGAGUGAAAGCUCAGCUGCAGCCUUCUCAAUGUUGUAUCUGUUGGAGGAAUUACCAAAUGCGGUUUAUGUGCACAGUGCUGGUAAAGUGCCCAGGGCAGAUGAGCCAGAGUUUCAGUGCAUUUGCCAUCGAGAGACUUAAUUAAAGAAAGCAAUGCAUAUAUAUUUUGUAAGUAACAGUUCAGGUUUGCAUGGGCAUUUGGAGUACUUCCAGAAUCCAAGCAUUUUUUUUGAUCCAUUCUACAUGAAUUUGAUUGUCAUGCAGUGUUCUGUGAGUGGAACAAAAUUCCCCCAUUUUGUUUUGUUCUUUAAUGCGAACGUAUAUAGAUUUUGUAGUUGAGCUAAUAAAUGUUUUGUAAAAACAUCAGCCUUUGGUGUUUGCUUCUAGUUUUGAAAUUUGCAGAAAGGCUGAGGCUUCUUUCAGACUACAUAGCAAUACCGACAGCUGAGGGCUUAGAGCAGCAAGGGAGGCAGCAGUGGUUUUCUUGUGGGCCACGGAGGAAACAAGAUGCUGGCCAAAACAGGUCAGCGAUGGUCCUGUUCUGUGCCUACACCUGAAGUGAUACUGUGCCUUUCUCAGCUUUAAUACAUACCCAAACAUUCCCCCUUUAUGUUAGGCUUUAGAAUUUUUAAAUUGCAGCCCCUAAACACUGCUUUCAUGCCACAAAUAUGCACUAGACCCCAUAGAAAGCAGUAAGCAGCACUACGUUCCCUACAUUCAGAAGCCAGAUUUAGGCAUACUGCCGGACUAUGUUAAUUAUUUUAAUCCUAUCCCUAACUUUGAGGGAUGAUGGGAGUUGGAAUCCAACAUCCAAGAAGAGGGUUGUCCACUCCUGCCCUGAAAGGUUGGCUAAAGAAACUGCUUGAAUGAUCCUCCUUUGGCUUGUGCAAGUUUCCCACUUUGCCCUUACUCACAUCUCCAAUUUAAGUACAUUUAACUGCCGUUGUCACAGAAUCACACAAUUUGAAGAGACCACAAGAGCCAUCCAGUCCAAUCCCCUGCCAUGCAAGAAGACAUAAUCAAAGCAUUGCCAACAGAUGGCAAGCCAUACUCUGUUUGAAAACCUCCACUAUUCAUCUCUCCGUCUGUUUUUCUCUGUUAUCUUAUGUUGUAAGUUCUUUCCAGCCAAGGACCUGUCUCAUUUUGAUAUUAUAACUAAAUCUAAGGCAUAUUGCCAGUGCUGAAUUAUUAACAUGGACAACCUUCUCUGUUUUAAGAUGACGUUCACCUUCUCUCAAACGCUUCUGUAAUUAAAAAUAAUGAAAAGGGCCGAAUUCGCUCCUGGGGCUCAGUCAAAAGGCAAAUGCAGAGUGAAUUAUGCAGCAUAAUAAUAAGUGCGCCUAAUGAUUACAAAAUAGCCAGCUAAGCACUACUUGGAAAGAUGAGUAAUAGGAAUGAAUACAAAUUUGUUCUACUCUUG